UCUUCUAUCUCCUUCUCCCUCCAUUAAUGCCCAACCCAAAAAAAAAAAAAAAAUCGGGAAAGAAGAUGAAGAUCUCUUCGCUCUUCAAAAACAUAGGAGGAGGAGGCGGAUUACUCACAGUUCCUCUCUGUUACAACGCCAAGACCUUGUCGUUCAGAGUUGGAGACGAUGUGAUCAAGACGGUGAACUCGGUCUUCUUCGACCACAACCCCAGCCACCAAAACGGCGACGUACUGGAGGCCGAGACUCACGAGUCGUGGUUCACUAACUCGUCCGAGUCGGCGAGUUACUCUACCGAGUCGGAUCAGGACCUCGACGCCGAGUCGCUCGAGAUGGUGGUGCGCGGCGUGGUCAGAUCGGAGCGGUUGUUCUUCGAGCCCGGUGUCACUAGCUCAAUCGUGAAAGAGAAAGAGAACGCCGACAACCGCCGACAGGAGGAGGAUAGGGAUUGUCCGCCAUUGGAGGACAUCAGCGUGGCGGUGGCGAUGGAAUCGGAGGAUCCGUACGGAGAUUUCAGAAGAUCGAUGGAGGAGAUGGUGAACAGUCACGAGGAACUGGCCAAGGACUGGGAGAGCUUGGAAGCGAUGCUCGGAUGGUACUUGAGGAUGAACGGAAAGAGCAGCCACGGCGUGAUAGUGAGCGCCUUCUUCGAUCUCCUCGCCAGCCUCUCCGGCGGCGGGAGCACUCCGGCGACGGAUUCGACUCGCUACUCGACGGGUGGUUCCUCAUUACCUUCGUCGCCGGAGCAUUCGUCUCGAGGUCAGAAGGAGAUCGAAGAAGAAAGACGGAGCUGUUAGCCUCACGCGCUUACUUGUAAUUUCUUUUUGAAUUCUGUAAAUUAAUUAAUUAGCGAGUUAAAGAAAAUCAUUGAUAUAGCU